CUUUCUUCCCAUAUCGAGUCGCAUCCACCCGGCGACGGAACCGGCCUCAUUCUCUUGUCUUCCAUCGUCCUACUUACACCAUCUCUCUGCCCUUCAUUAUCCAUCGACUUUGACCACAGUGUCGCAACUUCACCUUGAUUAAGACGAAUACUGUCCAAUCCAUUAGCACUAGGCGCCUCUAUCCUCCACUGACCUUUCGACCCAACUGGCGCAGGCUCGCGACGUGUCACCACCACUCCUCUCCCUGCCCACAGCCUUUCCCGACGAAACCCAGUUCUAGCCUCACCCUACUCCUCCUCCUACCACCCGCCUCGAUAUGAGAUAAUAUUCCUCUUUCCUCUCAAUCGAGGUCACACGGGGUACAAGACGUGUUUCACCAACAGGCUGCAUCGUCUACAAGGCUACCUCCAGCCCUUGAAGCCUCCCACGCACCAUCUACAAGAUCCCCACAUACCCGCCUGAAUCCACUCUAAGGCUUUCCUAGUCUCUAACCUCUGGACAAGGAAACCUGACGAAAUCAGCUGAAUGCUUUGUGUCUAGCUCUCGUCCUUGCUGGGACUUAUAACUCCCUUGCAAUGGCGUCUCAUGAUGGCGGCCCAUCAUCAACAACUGCAAAUGGCGAGCAUGGCGCAGCGAGAUAUCUUCAUCCUGGUCACAACCCCUUGAACCCCAAUGAUCCCAAGACGAGACCCCGAGGCACGUCAAAUGGGUCUCUUGAUAACUUCAGCUUUGACCCUUCUAGACUUCAAGCCCGUCUCCCCAUCAAUGAAGCGCUUCAGUCCGCCUUCAAUAGCGCCGAUGGAGGCUCGACUACCAGUAUCCCCCCGGAACUAUUACAACAGAUCACGUCAGAAAUCACAGCAAAUGUGCUAUCUCAAUUGAAAGCUUCGAGUGUUCCACUGGCCAAUUCGCAAGCUGCACCGUCGACCUCACACGUGGAUGCGUCUUCCUCCACGGCAGGCUCUCCGCCGCUGGAUAGAGCCACCGUCUACACUCCACCAUCACCCCAUCGGACUUCGGAAGACUUUGGUCAGCAUCCCCAUUCACCUCGAUUUCCUCCGCCUUCAGAAUCAUCAUCCUUCAGAGCUACUUCACCUCUCCCAGACAGACAACCACUGUCGCCGUCUCUUCAUCCGACCAAUGCCCCCGAAAAUGAAGUAACACUUGAACGCACAAGCCGACCAAAGGGUCCUAAAAGACUAUCUAGCGGGGGCGAUGCAACAAUUCUAGAAAAGGCCUGGGGCACACUAUUUAGUGAGCAGGGUGAGGCCACCCCGCGCUUUGGCCAGUUCCUUCGAGGGAUCGCAGUCCAUCUCAUUGAAGACUACGAGCCCAAGCAGAGUCUGGUUGUCACCCCAAGCAAGAUGCAACGUUAUUAUGAAGAGACCAAGCUCUCCAAUGAGUUGUACCCCUGGAACAUCAUUUUUGACGAUCGAACGUCUUCGAUAUCGAGGAUGUUUCGUGACAUUGAAGCGCAGCAUCAUCUGGUACAGGAUAAACUGGAUGAAAGGCCAGAUAUCCCCGGCUUGACCCCUCAAGGCUUUCAGACCUGGGCGACCCUGUUAUUAAAGGCCCAUCCUGAUCAAGAAUUCGAAAGAUUGGCAAAGACAGCCUUGGACAUGCCCAUCAGCAACCCGGACGAUAAAAAGGAACGCUUUCCAAAAGAACUGUCCAGGCGACUGUUCCCUCGAGCUCCCGAUAACCAGGUUGAAUCCAAAUUGCAAAAGUCCAUGUCAACCCAUUGCAAUGUCACAUUCAAAUCACGUCAGAACAGCAUGGCAGAAUCGCGGUCUCAGAGCGUAUCUUCGAAUCCGCCCCCAGCAGAACCUGCCCCCAAAACAACUCUUCGACCUUCGGCUGAAAACCAAGAAGCAAGCGCCAAUGGCGUGCCUCUCAGUCCUGCGUUGUCAAACAGCGGCCUGGAGCGGCAGCGGCAACCUUACUCUGGAGUGCCUACCUCUACUGCCCCAGCGCCUGAUCCUCCCUCUCAGCAGGCGGUCAUCGAUGAUGAUAGUGAAGACAUGCCGACCCCACAGCCGAUUGAGCGGGAGCGCAAGCCCUACGUGGCCGCUCCCGGAGCUGGGAAGAACUAUGACAACCUAGACAAACCUGUUGCGGCCCCUGAGACUCAGCCGCAACAAUCUCAGCCUGAAAUUAAGCUGAGCCGUUCAACCUCGAUGCGUGACAACGCGCGACCAAGCUUUUCCCAACAUAGAGCACCGCCCGUUGCAGUUCACCAGCGCGCACCGCCUCCGCCUAUGGAUUCAAGCGAUAGCCGUCCGCACCGGGCUGGUAGUAUGUACCACCGAGAUCAGCCUCGUCGGACGCGGUCGCCGUCGGCAAAUUACAACAACGGCGAUGCGCAGUACAUGCGAAGAUCGGAGAGUGACGUGUCAUACCCGCCUCCUCCACAGUACCCGCCUCCAGCGACUGACGGGUUUGAUGAUGCCAGAAGAUACAGAGAUUAUGAAGCGCAACGAGAACGACUUGCGAAUGACCGGUAUGACGCUGCAAGGAUGGCUGCAUACGACCCUCGAGAGCGAGAACGGGAUCGUGAUCGAGGAAGUCGACCCCGAAUGCAGUCUGUGUCUGAUUUUGACGCACCGCCGCGAGGGUCAUAUGCCGGAUACAAUGACGAGGAUUACUACCGAGAGAAGGGAUAUUCUGGCGGCAGCGGAUCCUAUCAUGCAUCGCCAGUUGUCAGUACUGGAUUUCAUCCGCCGCCUAUUCACACAACUUCAGCCAACAGUCGAGAAGGACUAUAUGGCUCAUACCCCCACAGUACACGAUACCCCCCAACCAGUUACAAAGAAAUGCCAUGACGGAAGAAUGAUAAUCGAUGAUGAGUGGAAAAUCUGUGGCCAGGUGAGAUCUGAGAGCUGGUUUCCUGUUGUCACAACCUGAAUGACGAGCUUUGGUGCGAGGGCAUUUUGUAUGAUGUCGACUGGAGUCUUUGGGACUCUACUUUAUUUCAAUUUGUAGAUGCUUUUUCAACAAUACCCCCUCCUUUUUUUGCAUUUAGGCAGACGAAUGUACCAAGAUUGAAACGAGAAAUCAAUACAUUUGCGGAUGGUUUUUCAUUCGUUUACGC